GUCAAGUGUAUACUAUAUCCUGGUGUAUCCCGAGUAAAAGUGUUGGGUUUCGCUUGGAAAGAAAAGAAAAAAACGGGAUCGCGAAUGGAGAUUACGCCGCUGUUGGAACUGGUCUCUGAUCUUGAUUUGACGCAAAACGUAGCGGUAAACAUCUGUACGGAAAGCUCGAGCAGAAAUGGCUGCCGUUUUGAGAAGAUUCCGAAACGCGCAGAUCACGGCGAUCGGCAAAACUAAACCACCGUCGUUUGUUACCAGCCGAUCUUUCGCAAGGUCAUCGAUCCGAUGUGAGAUCAGCGAAGGAUGGAUAAACAAGCUGUUCGUAAGAAAAAUCGAGCCGACCAAAGAAUCCCACUCGCGGAUGCUAUCAGAUAAAGGAGUAAUUUACGCGUUACACACGCACAAUAUACGACCCGACUCGAUUGACAAAUACCUGGCCAACUACGAAGAGAUUGUUAAUAUUAUUAACUCGAAGAAGUCCGAACUUAAAUUGGAGCUGGUCGGCUCGUGGACCGUCUUAGCUGGCGACGUCGAUCAGGCCUUGCAUCUAUGGCAAUAUUCCGGUGGCUACGAAAGCGUAGAUCGCACGCAGAUAUUGUUGUCCAACUAUGAGGAAUAUCAACGACUAUUUAAAGAGAGUGGCUCUUACGUGCGAUCGCGUUAUUUGCAAUAUUUACUAGCGUUCAGCUAUUGGCCUCCAUUGGUCAAAAGAAAAGACUCGCACAUAUAUGAGAUUCGUAGUUACAGGCUACAGGCUGGUACUAUGAUAGAAUGGGGGAAUAACUGGGCGAAAGCUAUUAAUUACAGACGCAACAAUAAUGAAUCGUUCGCUGGGUUUUUCUCGCAGAUCGGUAGACUGUACAAUGUCCAUCACAUCUGGUGCUAUAAAAAUCUUCAGGCGAGGAUGGAAACUCGCGAGAGGGCAUGGAGAUCACCGGGAUGGGAUGAGUGCGUUGCUUACACUGUCCCGCUUAUAAGGGAAACGCAUUCCCGUAUACUAAGUCCGACUAGCUUCUCGCCAACGAAAUAGAAGUUCUUCGAACAAUUUAAAAUGCAUUUGUAUAAUACAAUUUAUUCUUUACGUUUACAUUAUAAUAUCGUAAAAACAUUUGUUAUGUUACAUCACUACAUUUAUAAUUGUAUAAAGUAAGCGCUCAAUUUGAAGAUUGUAGCAUUUUGUUGUAUUGCGAAACUACUGAAAUGUAUUUUAAUAAAAUUUAAACUUCUUUGUUAA